AUGACCCUGCAUUUCUUCUCCAUGGGCUUUGUCGUGGGAGGCUUAGAUGCCAUCCUCUUCAACGUUUUGGAGGGUUACCUCAACGAGCCCAGCGACAUCAUGAAGGGUGCACAAAACGUCGCCACCCUUCCCAUCAUGUUCUCAGUCUUUCUGGGCAUCCUCAGUGACUCCCGGCCAGUGUUCGGCUACCGACGCCGGCCUUACAUGGUGGGCGGAUGGAUGCUGGCUGCCACCAGCUUCAUAAUUUUGUUGUCUCGGGGCCUGCCUGCCCCAUACUAUUGCUUCAGCGCAGUGGAUGGGCACUACCUGAUGGACGAGGCACCCUGCAACCCUGAGGCGGUGGACUUCUACUCCCCCAUAGUGAUUUGCCUUUGCUUCGCCAUGUUGGGCUGCACAGCUGCUACCUCUGCUGCAGAGGGGCUGCUCGUGGAGUACGCAAAGGCUGAGCCAGAGGAGUACCGGGGCAGUGCGCAGACCACGCUGCACAUGGUUCGGGUUGUCGGGAACUUCACGGCUGUUGCGACUGCCGCCUUUGGCUUCAAUGGGCGGCUGUUCACCGGCAGCUUCGACCAGCAAUACCAGCUGAGCUACCCGGAGUUCAUCGGCCUUUUUGCCGCGAUCUCAAUUGUGACGGCAGUUUCCUGCCUCUUCUGUGUUCGGGAGGGUGCCGGAUCGGUAGCUUCCAUCCGAGCUUAUUGCAGCGCUUCCUGGAACCUCUUGGAGAGCAAGGCCUUUUGCGCCGUGGCUCUCUACAUCUACUACAACUCCAGCAUAUCCAGCAUGUUUACAAGUGCUGGCGUCUGGGUCGGGCUAGAGUGGGCGCACACAGAAGACCUGCAAAGGCAGAUAGCAAACAUGCUUGGCACCUUAUUUGCUCUCCUUGGUUGCUGGUUCAUGCAGAGGUUCAUGCUGAAUGUCAGCUGGAGGAAGAUAAUCUUCGGCACUAUCAUCUUUACGGUGGUCCUGGAUGUAUUCCCCCAAUUCCUCACAAUCUUCGAUGUCGUUCGAAAUCAGUAUUUCUACCUGGGGGAGCCCGUCACGAAGAACGUACCCAAGGCAAUGACGACUUUGGUCUACGCAUUCUUGGUGAAUGAGCUUGCUGAUGAGAGCAACACUGCUCUGGUAGUUGGCCUGCUGCAAACCAUCCAAGCUGUGGGUGAACCGCUGUCCAACCUGCUGUCCAGUCAGCUCUUCUCUUUGUUCACACCAGACCUGUACUUGAGGCUGAACUACAUCAAGGACACACCAGCAUUUCGCUGGACGGUGGCUUGGUCAUUCUUGCUGUCCUACCUCAUCAUGCUGUUGGGAUUGCUGACGCUCCCGCUGUUCCCAUCGCAGAAGGAGGAGCCAAGUUCGAUUCACCUCGCGAAGUGCAUCACUUGCUUUUUCCCCAGAAUCAAAAUAAAAUUGAAUCGGCCCAGAUUGCGUAAACUACAUCAUUCUAAACCAUGA